UAUUAUUGAUUCACAAUGUUGAUGUUAUGAUUCCCAAACUAGCUAAUAAUACACCGUUGUUGGUGUGCAUAAAGUAAAUAAAUAAAGUGCAAUGACAUUAUUAUUUGCAGCUGGUGGUGAUCAACUAUAUGAAUAAAUAUACACUUUGCUGAGAGGAACUGAAGAAAAUGUAGCUUCUAAAAGUUUUGUGCGGAAAAAUCGUAACCUUUAGCUAAAUUACUGCAUUCAUUGUCUCUCUCCUUUUAUUGCGCCGAAAAAUAGUGCAGCAAAACAUGCUCCAGACUAGUGAUAACUAUGAUAAUGAGUGAGAUGAUAGUUAAAUACUGUUUGAUUCAAUCGAAUUUAGAAAAUUUAUCAAAUAAAUUAAAAUAAUUCGAAUAGAAUUGAUAGUGACUAUUUGCCAGAGGAUUACAUAAAAAUGGAUUCCAAAUAAAAUUAUAGUUUAACAUGGGUGACUCAGUACGAUGCCUCAAAAAAACGGUAAAAGAAAAUUCUGAUUCAGCAACUGAUGAUAAAUCAUCUGAUGCUUCAGUAGACACUUUAGCAAACGAUUUUGAAGACGAAGUGCACAUAGGAGAAGAAGACUCAGUUUCUUUGGAAGACUUUAAUAAGAAAAUGGCAACUGCUAAGAAGUCAAAAUUAUAUUCUUUUGAAAACGAGAAUCAGGAGAACGAAAACCCAAAAUCAUCUAGAGAGUCUUCAAGUGGAUCUAAUUUGAGGAAUUUCUAUGAUUCUGAAAAAUAUCCUGAUGCAUCAAGGCUUUUGAGAUCAAAAGUAAGUGAAGAAGAUGAUGACAACUUCCACUUGAAACACACAGAUGAGGAAAACAGGAUGAUAAUAAAAACAAUAAUGGUAGGUAGUGACUAUCAGGCUCAAAUUCCAGAUGGUCUCCGUCAUUAUGAUGAUGCUCUGCCCUAUGAAAAUGAGGACAAACUUUUGUGGGACCCGUCGCCAAUGACAAAUGCAGCAAUUGAAGAUUACUUAAAGAAAGUGGCAAGCUUAGAAAAGCCUUCCAUUCCUAGUGGAAAGCAUCUUCGGGAUAAUGAACCAGCCCUACAUCUGCUUCAGCAAUGUGGUCACAAUAUCGACGAGGCUCUAAGACGGUUAAAAAUGAAUAAAUAUUUGUACGAAGACACUAUGCAACCUUGGUCUGAAGAGGAGUGUCGAAACUUUGAAGCCGGUAUUCGGUUAUUUGGGAAGAACUUUUACUUAACACAGCAAAAUAAGGUGAGAACUAGGUCAGUUGGGGAGUUAGUUCAGUUUUACUACAUUUGGAAAAAGACCGAAAGACAUGAUGUGUUCGCAAAUAAAGUGAGGUUGGAGAAAAAAAAGUAUAUUUUGCACCCUGGGGUGACAGACUUUAUGGACCGAUUUUUAGAGGAACACGAUGUUAGAGAUAGAAGUUCAUCACCUAAUGUUAUAAAUGAUGAAACUGCAGUUUUAAAAUAUAAGAUAUCCAAAUAA